AUGAAGAAAAGGGAACCAGAGCCAAAUGCUCCGAGGAAGACGCUUGAUUGCGUCACUUUUGAAGAUGGCAGAGAACGACCAGAGCCGAUGGGGCAUUUGAUUCUGGUGGAUUAUCUCUGCUCCUACUUAACGAAACCCAAAACAUCCAUAUGUCAUUGUGCUCAGAAUCAAACGGUGAAUCCAAAUGACAACAGCGCAGCUUUCAUAAGUAAUCCUCGCUGUACAUGUCCACAUCCCCCCAACUACUGCCCUCCAAGUCGCCGUGCAAGUAUCCAAACUACCCAAAUAGUCCGACAUCCCUCCCUCAUCUCUCAUUGUACCAGCGUUCCUCCUGUAAUUUACGAAUAUCCACUGCGUUCAAGCUAUGCUCCGUCGUAUUCAUCUCGUCCUUCGCUUCCUCAUUUUCAUCCAGCACCCCACUAUCCACCUUAUCGCGGGUAUUACGGUGGUUUUCCUGAACCUGAACGGAGACACGCCCCUUCUGUCCCUCCCAGUGCGAUGCCUUCUAUGUCUUCGCAGAAAAGUUACUACUCUCCAAGGUUUUACUCCGCUCGAAUUUUUUAUCCAGGUUACGAUGGUAGAUCUCCCGAAAAUGCUAUGCGACCAGUUUAUCAUCUACGAGCAUACCCAAAGCAGCGCUCGCAACUCUUUGUGGUGAGUGAACGCUAG